GACAUCUGGUAUAGUGUUUGCACAACGAAAAUAACGAUUUUAUUAAUACUUUGCAAAGGCCUACACAUUGGUAGGCUAUUUUUGUAUUGUUUUCAGACAAAAGCAGGUUUCCUUGUACAUGCCCAUGCCCAUUCAUGUCACCAGUUGUAUGGCAGUAUGUGACUGGUUAAGUCAUGCGUCAUAACUAAAAUUUAAUAAGCUUUUAUGAAUCUGCUCGGUGCACUUGCUGUUGAUCAUUUACGAAUACUUGUGUUCUGUUUGGAACAAGCACUUAUUGUUCGUCUGCUGUAACUAAGGUGUAGGCCUACACACUUCAGCAACAUGUUGGAGGUAACAGAAAUCAAAGUGGUCGCCAUUUUCACACUACUGUGUGCGGCUUUGCUCUUUGGGUUAAUCCCAAUAUGCCUCAUCUCCAAUACAUCGAUGAGGGACCCUAAACACCGUGAGCGAGUGAAACGUGCCGUUGGUUGGCUCAACGCUUUUGCCGGCGGAGUCUUCAUGGGAAUCGCGCUGAUCCACCUCCUCCCUGAGGCAAGAAUGCUGAUGACGGAUGCGUUCGAAAUGCAGGGCUUGAUGUACCAUUUCAACUGGGCCGAGUUCACAGCGGCUGGCGGGUUCUUCUUGAUAGUGUUCGUCGAGCAAAUUAUCUACCUCUGCCAGAAUAGACUUGCAAAUGACGAAGAGCCAGAGGAAGUUGCUUUUGCUGGUAAAGAGGUAACCAGUGACAAAGCUGACACUGCUCAAACAUCGGAUCCUCAAAAGACGAGAGACGAGUCUACUAAAUCUGACAGCAAGCCUUUGGUGGAGGACGACGAUGAUAAAGACGCGGGAAUGUUGAACCUACCAACAAGACUCACCACCCUACGAGCCGUCAUACUUCUGAUCUCACUCUCUCUACAUUCAAUAUUCGAAGGCUUGGCAAUCGGGUUACAGCUCAACAGAAAAGACGUGGUCGACAUAUUCAUAGCCAUUGCCCUGCACAAGGGAAUCGAGGCGUUUACCAUUGCGAUCAGCUUCGCCCAAACGUAUGUGAGUAACACAGCCAAGAGUGUGUACUGCGUCGUCUUCUCACUGAUGUCUCCAAUCGGGGUUGGUAUCGGUAUACCCAUUGCCCAGGCUACCCUCGCCAAACACAAAGAGAUGCCAGGUUCAAGUCGGAUGGUCAAUGCCGUUCUGCAAGCUAUGGCUACUGGCACAUUCAUGUUUGUUACAUUCAUUGAGAUUCUACCGCAAGAACUCAACUCUAAGAAAGACGGUAUGGCCAAGUUUGCAUGCGUGCUUGUGGGAUUCGGAGCGAUAUCGGCACUGAAUGCUUUCGAACAUAAAAUGUAGAGCUGCUGAAAUGACUGUUCUUUGAAACCACACUUAAUUUGCCAUCGUUCAAUUCUUAAAAAAUAACUGAACUAACUUGGGUUGGAUGUCUAGUACGCACAAAUUUAUCUGCCAUUGUCAAGUCUCGCGCAGAUGAACAUGUUUGUUACCACUUUGGUCACAAGAGCCGAGUGUUGAUUAAACACUCGCGCACUUUUAAACGGGUCACAAUGUUAUGGUGUUCCAUAUGUGCCACCUUUAUUCCGAUUUUUAUUUAC